CCGCGCUCGCGCGGGCCGCCAGGGGGCGCCGCGCCGGCCCUGAGGCGGCGGCGGCGGGAUGGUGGAGAAGGAGGAGGGUGGCCCCGGCGGCAUCAGCGAGGAGGAGGCGGCACAGUAUGACCGGCAGAUCCGGCUGUGGGGGCUUGAGGCCCAGAAACGGUUACGAGCUUCCCGGGUGCUGCUGGUGGGGAUGAAGGGAUUGGGAGCCGAAGUGGCGAAGAAUCUCAUCUUGGCAGGAGUCAAAGGCUUGACCAUGUUGGACCAUCAGCAGGUUUCCCGAGAGGAUACGCGAGCUCAGUUCCUCAUCCCGGGGGGUUCCUUGGGCCGGAACCGAGCGGAAGCCUCCCUGGAGCGGGCGCAGAACCUCAACCCCAUGGUGGACGUCAAAGCCGACCCCGAGAAUGUGGAAAACAAACCCGAGGAGUUUUUCACCCAAUUUGAUGCAGUGUGUUUAACCUGCUGCUCCCGCGACGUGAUGGUGAAAAUCAACCAGAUUUGCCACAAAAACAGCGUCAAAUUCUUCACCGGCGACGUUUUUGGCUACCACGGUUAUAUGUUUGCUGACCUCGGGGAGCACGAAUUUGUGGAAGAGAAAACCAAAGUGGCCAAAGUCACCCCGGGGGUGGAAGAUGGGCCGGACACUAAAAAAGCCAAACUGGAUUCUCCGGAGACCACCAUGGUGAAAAAACGGGUGGUUUUUUGCCAGCUGAAGGAAGCCCUGGAGAAAGCGGCUCCGAAACGCAUCGCUCCCGAUUAUUUCCUCCUCCAAGUUCUGUUGAAAUUCCGGACAGAUAAUGGUCGGGAUCCAUCCCCCCAAAAUUACUCCCAAGACUCCCAGUUGCUCCUCCAGAUCCGCCGGGAUGUUUUGGAAGCGCUGGGAGUCGGUGCCGACCUCUUGCCGGAUGAAUUCGUCAGCUAUUGCUUCUCGGAAAUGGCUCCCGUCUGCGCCGUGGUGGGGGGCGUCCUGGGCCAGGAGGUCGUCAAGGCCCUGUCCCAGCGGGACCCCCCCCACAACAACUUCUUCUUCUUCGACGGCAUCAAGGGCAACGGCGUCGUGGAGUGUCUGGGCCCCAGCUGAGGGGGGCCACCAAUUUGGGGGGUGGGGGGUGCAAUUCCCCUUCCCCCCCCCUCCCCCAGCGGUUAUGGGUUAAAUGUGGGG